CUCGGUUCUAAACACAGCUCUACUGGGUUAAACCUUGGCACCCUGAUAGCUGACUACUUCCAACUUAUGGAACCAGCCACGUCGUCAGGUUUGCUGUGGUCAGAGUAAUACCUGUUGCCUCUUUUGAUAAUACCUAUUACCUGAACUGGGUUCUUUUUAGAGCUGAGCCUGGAGGAAGGCUGAGUAAUUAAUGUAUUUCCUGUCCAUCAAACUCCAGUGAUGAUCAGACGUGUGUGGGCACCAGACUGGAGUGCUAACUGCAACUGGCAGAGGGUCUGGGGUAAAAGCAUUUUACUCAACAGUAAAACUCAAAUCUUCCCUCUUUCCUUCUGCACACAGGGGCAAGGAGGUGGAGAGUGAUGUGGGGACCUGACCGGGAAGGAAGCAGCAGAGGCUCCCGAUGACAAAUGAGGAAAACCUGGGUACACACACAGACGCUUCCUUUCCAGCCAUUCACCCAUAGGUGGAGUGCUUCCCUAGGUGGACAGUGUGGGUGGGAAGCUGCCACCCAGACACACACCUCAGCUGGAUUCUCGGCUGCACAGCUGGAGUCUGUAGAACAGAGCGGAAGCUAAGGAUUUAAGUGUGGCCACCGCCCCUGGAAGAUUUGCUGGUCCUGGGUCUACAGUACUGUGAUAGGAGGUGACUCAGUGGGUCCACCCAGAGUCCAAGGAAGCCCAUGCUUGUGGCCCAGACACACUUAACCUCAGUUCUCCAAAGGAGCAAUACAACGGAGCCUCAGCUCCGAGCAGUCGAUGUGCAAACUGCAAAAAAACAAAGCAAAAACCAAACCCCUCUUUGCCACCAGGCUAAUUGACCUCCGCCCCACGGACGUAGCCCGAGUUGAAGUUCCCCUUUCGAAAGUUCAGUGAGAGUUGGGGCGUUGAGAGGAGAGUGGGAAGGGCAAGGUGGGAGUGGCGUGAACAAGGGGUGGACACAUGUGAAAUCUGAUCCAGUGCCAAGGAAAGGGUUUGUGCUGCCAGAGACCCCAGGGCAAAGCUCUACCUCCACCGGGCAUGUGUGGCUCCUGAGCUGGCCGACUGCACACGACACAACCCACUCAUGGAGAACUCGGUGGCGCCUUUCGUCCUCUACCCGGGGACUGAGCCCAGGACUCCGGGAGAGGACAGCCUGCCUCUGCCAGCCGAGGAAGAGGGCGCUGCAUCCCCAGCGCAGACACCCUGCAGUCUCAGCGCCUCGCUGUGUUUCAGCUCCGGGGACGACUCCCCGCCGCAGUCUCGCGCCUCUGCCGCGGAGGGCUCCGAAGCCUCUCCGCCUUCUCUCCGCAGCGACCUGCGUGUGGUGGAGACGCAGUGGGAUGUCAGCAGCGCGGCGUCCCCAGAGUCCCCGCAGGAGUGCGCGCGCCCGGAAGAGCCCGCGUCGCCGGAGGAGCCCCCUUCCCGCCGCGAGCACGCGCGUCCCGUGGAGCUCGAGUCUUUAGACGAGCUUGGGGAGCCUGUGCCUGUGCCGCCCGGGGUCGGGUCCGAGCACGGGGAGCCCGACUUGGUCAUCGAGGUGGCGGGUCGCCGGUUGCGGGCUCAUAAGGCGGUGUUGGCGGCGCGCAGCGACUACUUCCGCGCGCGUGCGUCGCGGGACGUGCUGCGGGUGCAAGGCGUGAGCUUCACUGCCCUGCGGCUGCUGCUGGCCGACGCGUACAGCGGGUGCAUGGCGGGCGUGCGACCGGACAACGUGGCCGAGGUGGUGGCCGGCGCGCGCCGCCUCCAGCUGCCCGGCGCUGCGCAGCGCGCCACCGAGGCCAUGGCGCCGCAGCUGAGCCUGGACAACUGCUACGAGGUGCUGAGCGCAGGCAAGCGGCAGCGGCUGAGCGAGCUGCGCGACGCCGCCUACCGCUUCAUGAGCGACCACUAUCUGGAGGUGCUGCGCGAGCCGGCCGUCUUCGGCCGCCUGUCCGGUGCAGAGCGUGAUCUGCUGCUGCGGCGCCGCCUGGGUACGGGCCGCGCCUGUCUGCUGGCCGCUGCCCUGGGGACAACCGGGGAGCGCUCGGGCAGUCGACCGCAGAGUCCGUCCGGGGACGCAGAGUCGCGCGGGGAUGCAGCGGUUUAUUGCUACCAGGCGGAGGCCGGGGAGUGGCGGGAGCUGACUCGGCUGCCCGAGGGCGCGCCCGCGCGCGGCUGCGGACUCUGCGUGCUCUUCAACUACCUCUUCGUGGCGGGCGGUGUGGCUCCUGCGGGUCCCGAUGGCCGCGCGCGCCCGUCGGACCAGGUGUUUUGCUACAACCCGGUCACCGACUGCUGGAGUACUGUGCGACCCCUGCGCCAGGCGCGCUCGCAGGUGCAGCUGCUGGCCCUGGACGGCCACCUAUAUGCGGUGGGCGGCGAGUGCCUGCUCAGCGUGGAGCGCUAUGACCCUCGAGCUGACCGCUGGACCGCGGUGGCCCCGCUUCCCCGGGGCGCCUUCGCAGUGGCCCACGAGGCUGCCACCUGUAACGGCGAGAUCUAUGUGUCCGGGGGCUCACUCUUCUACCGCCUGCUCAAGUACGAUCCCCGGCGCGAUGAGUGGCAGGAGUGCCCAUGCAGCAGCAGCCGAGAGCGCUCUGCCGACAUGGUGGCCCUCGACGGCUUCCUCUAUCGCUUUGACCUGUGUGGGAGCCGCGGUGACACUCAGGCUGCAACUGGUUCAGGUGGUGGGGUCAGCGUGUUCCGCUACCAUUGCCUGGCCAAGCAGUGGAGCCAGUGUGCUGCACACCUGCGGCCCCCCGGCGCACCCGCAGGCCUACAGCCCUUUCGUUGUGUCGCCCUGGAUGGUACCAUCUACUGUGUGAGCCGCGCUGGGACCUGGCGUUUCGUGCCUUCUCAGGACACUGAGGCUGGCAGCGAUAUGGGACCUGGUGGCAGUUUUGAACCUGAGCCCCUGGGAUCCCCGCUGGAUGUCCGGGGUGUACUCUUUCCAUUUGUGCUCAACCUGCCCGAGAAGCCGGACCGCGGGGAACAGGGUGCGGCCUAGGACAGGAUCAGCUGGGCAGCUCCACUGUCCAGCACUUGUGGUGGUGGGGGGCUCCAAAGAGUGGGCUGGGCCCCACCCCCAGUAGGGGAGAGAGAGCAAAGAGGUCUCAGGAAUGGAGGACGCGCACAGGCCAGGCUGCUGGCCACGCUGCAUCGUGCAAACGCUUUGAGAGAAGAAGAAGCUUCAACUGGCACUGAAGACAUUUUUGCAAUGCUGUUUUAAGCCCCGCUUUGCAGUGCUGGAUUCUGCUUUUGCUUCGCUUGUUUAGUUGGGGGGGUCAUAGCUUAAAGUGUGGGAAGACAGAUACAGAGAAGCCCAUACCUAAGGGAAGAAGUAGAGGAGGCCAGGAUAAAGUGGGACGCAGGUACAGACUCGGGUAUAAUGAGGAGCCUGCCCAGCCCCCUCCUUACCAGUGAGUGCAAGGUUCUCAAACCUGAAUGGGGUCCUAAAGUAGGCCAGGUAUCCUUGCAAACCACAGAGAGACGGUCAAACCCCGCUCUGAGGUUUAAGUCGAUAACUUAGAAGAUCUGCGCGACCUAACCGGGACCUAAAAAGUUCACCGUGUGUUCGCAAGUAGGCUCAGCUUCAAACAGUAACUUCUCAAGUACUGAAGGCAAAGGGUAGUUGACCAGUAGAGUUGCCUUUGUUGCUGACUGAACGGAAAAGGACCUCAGGUCAGGAGACCCUGAUAGUUCUGCAUGUUCACCCACUUUCUGGUCUUAGAAUGGACCAGGGAGAUUUUUUUUUUUCCUCCCUAGAACAGGAGGUUAAAAUCAUGUUUUGACAGUUGCACGCUUUGAACCCUCUCCUCGGUUGUUUUGAACGUAUCUUCUGUGAUUCUGAAGAGGGAGAUUAAUUUACAACCACCUCAAAGAAAGUGUGUGUGUGUGUGUGUGGGUGGGGGGGUGAUAUGCUAUGGAGGAGGAAAAGGAGAAACACACCGUUUUGAGUGUAGUUUAGCAAGCAAGUGACAUUCAUUUAACUUCCUAAACACCCUACUAGAGUCCAAAGGAGACUCAGACUUAGGUUGCAAGGACCAAAACCAAGUCCGUUCAUUUUCUCUUGUGUGUUAGGAUGUUGUGCUUUUGAGAAUAUACAGGCAAGGAUCCCUGUUUAAAGUUCAGGACAGAAUGUGUGCUCCCAGAUAACUGGUUUAGAUUCCAUACCUAACCCCGCUGUUUUAUAACAGUGGGGGUCCCAAGUAUUCAUUGUUUCUGGAACAUAAGAGGUAGCCCCGUGUUCACCGUGCCAUCUCUGUAGAAAUCACUGGUUAGCUGGGAACCAGGCUACACUUUAUAGUCUGCUCUGAAAGGUCACGGUGAAGUGUGUUUAAAAACAGCCAGCUUGAAUCUUCUGCAUGACCCAGGGGAAUGGAGUUUAUAGUUCCUGUUUGUGUGUUCUGGUCUCUUUGUGCUUGUUCGUGGUUACUCAUAAACCAAGAGAAUGUCUUGGCCCCUUGGUUAAUCAUCUUAAGAAAAACAGACUUCCUAUU